GGGGUCCUGCGGCUGCCGCGGGGGCCCGACGGCUGCAGCCGGGGUUUCAGCCCCACCUCGCCCCGGUUCCAGGCGCUGCUGGGGGGGCAGGAGGAGGCGCAGGAGGCGCGGGCAGCGCUGCGGCAGCGGUACCUGCGGGGGCUGGCGGCCGCCCGGGGUCGCCCCACGCACUUCUCCCUGCGGGCAGGGGUCCGGGUGGACGCCGUCUUCGGCGCCGCCGAUGUGGAGGCCGUGGCUUUCCAGGUGGACGCCCUGCGGACCCCCCUGGGGGUGGAGGCGGCCGCCCUGCUGCGCUGCACCGACGUCCUCGCCUUCUCCUUCCUCCUCGACUAAUUAAACCCUUCGCCCCCCCACUCCCCCUUUUCUGACCAUAAUUAAUACUACGAUUUAUACUACGA